AUGAAUUCUCUACCAAAAACCCAUCUCUAUCACCACCUCUCUCUCACUCACCGCCACUCUUCAUUCCCUAAACUCUCCUCCCCCUCUCUACCUUAUCACUCAUUUUCUUCUUCACCCCCCUUAUUACUACCCUCCAUCAAAGCAUCAUCCUCUCCAAAUAACAACAACAACCCUUUUCAAAAACCCCAAAACACUUUCUCCCAAAUUCUCAAAACCCUUAACCCCUUUACCUCACCUCUCUUUGAACCUGCUUACGUCGCAGUAGCACUUCUCGCUCUCUUCUUAUUCCGUUUUCAACAAAACCCCGCCACCGCCAGGUCACCACUCCCAUCACCACCACCAGCACAAUCCUCCACUGCUACCACGACCACCACCACCGCAACGGAAAAUCGACCCAAUAAAGAAAACAACACUACAAUUGAUGACAAAUUGAUUGAAAAUUCCAACGAUGCAAAUGCACUUCGGUCUUUGAUUGAGGAAAACGUGAAAGCACGCAAACUAAGCGAAGCUAUUCGCGCUGUGGAACGAUUAAUGGAACUUGAACCGGAGGAAUUUGAUUUGUUGCUACUAAAAUCACAUUUGCAUAGUCAUAACGGUGAACAUGAAUUAGCUAAGAAAGGAUUUGAAUUUACUCUGCAGCAAGAUCCGUUUAAUUCGGAAGCUUAUCGCGGUCUUUUGAUGGCGAAUUCGGAGUUAAAGGAGCCAAUGGAGGGAUUUUUGAAUAGGGUUGAUGAGGUAGUGAAGUUUUUUGAGGAGAAAAAAAUGGAGUCAGAAGCUAGAGAAUUUAAGCUUUUGAUUGCGCAGGUGAAGGUGAUGGAAGAGGAUUAUUCGGGUGCAUUGAAGGUGUAUGAGGAAAUUGUGAAGGAAGAACCGAGUGAUUUUAGACCUUAUUUGUGUCAGAGUGUUGUGUAUAGUUUGCUUCGGAAGAAUGAUGAAGCUCAGAAACAGUUUGAGGAGUUUAGAAGAAUUGUUCCGGAGAAUCAUCCUUAUAAAAAGUAUUUUGAGGAUAACACCAAGGUUUUGUCAAAGAAGCUAGAAAUGGGAGGAAUAGAAGAAGCAAAGAUUUGA